UAUGCUAUAUACUCUACAGUCUACUUGUCCGUAUCCCAUCCUUUUUUGCUUUUGCGAAGUCAGAGGCAAAGCGAGAGGAAAGACGUGAGCGGCUUCCUUUAGUAUCGCGUUUCUUCUUUCUCCUUCAAAAAGGUAGUGCCGUUCCGUACCUUCCGUGCCCUAGCUAAGCUACCUUACCUUCUUCACAAUCGCAAAUCUCGGGGAGGAAGAUGAAGGUUGCGGUGGUCGGAGCUGGAAUUAGCGGCUUGGUUGCGGCGUUUGUUCUUGCCAAAGCCGGAGUGGAGGUUGUGUUGUUGGAGAAGGAAGAUUAUGUCGGCGGCCAUUCCAAAACGGUCCAUUUCGAUGGCCUUGAUUUGGACCUUGGAUUUAUGGUCUUCAAUCGAGUAACCUAUCCAAAUAUGAUGGAAUUUUUUGAGAACUUGGGAGUUGAAAUGGAAGCAUCAGAUAUGUCUUUCUCGGUUAGCUUAGACAAAGGACGGGGCUGUGAAUGGGGCAGUCGAAAUGGUCUUUCAAGUUUGUUUGCACAAAAGAAAAACCUUCUUAAUCCAUACUUUUGGCAAAUGAUUCGGGAAAUAGUGAAAUUUAAGGAUGAUGUUAUCAAUUAUCUUGAAGUUCUAGAGAACAAUUCAGAUAUUGAUCGAAAUGAGACAUUGGGGCAGUUUAUCAAGUCAAGGGGAUACUCCCAAUUGUUUCAAAAUGCUUAUCUGGUUCCAAUGUGCGGUUCAAUUUGGUCUUGUCCUUCAGAAGGAGUUCUCAGCUUUUCAGCUUUCUCCGUCCUUUCCUUUUGUCGAAAUCAUCAUCUACUUCAGUUGUUUGGUCGUCCACAGUGGCUUACUGUCAAAUGCCGUUCUCAUUCUUAUGUGAAGAAGGUCCAAGAAGUACUAGAGAGUAAAGGCUGUCAGAUAAGAACUUCUUCUGAAGUUAACUCUAUAUCAACAAUGGAUAAAGGAUGUAAUGUAAGCUAUGGAGAUGAUUCACAGGAAAUGUUUGAUGCAUGCAUAAUAGCAACCCAUGCCCCUGAUACUUUAAGAAUAUUAGGAAAUCAAGCAACAUCAGAAGAAGUCAGAAUACUGGGUGCUUUCCAAUAUGCCUAUAGUGAUAUUUUUCUCCAUCGUGACAAAAAUUUAAUGCCCCAAAACCCAGCAGCAUGGAGUGCAUGGAACUUUCUUGGAAAUACAGAUAAGAAAGUAUGUUUGACAUAUUGGCUCAAUGUACUUCAGAAUCUUGGUGAAACUGGUCCUCCUUUUCUUGUGACUCUUAAUCCAGAUAAAGAGCCAAAGAAUAUCUUGCUUAAGUGGUCAACUGGUCACCCAAUCCCAUCUGUUGCUGCAUCAAAAGCUUCAAAUGAGCUUCAUAGCAUUCAAGGAAAGAGAAGAAUUUGGUUUUGUGGAGCAUAUCAAGGUUAUGGCUUCCAUGAGGAUGGGUUAAAGGCAGGUAUUAUUGCAGCACAAAAUAUGUUGGGAAAUAGUUUCACACUUUUAAGCAACCCAAAACACAUGGCACCUUCCGUAGCAGAUACAGCGGCACGCCUAUUUGUCACUAGAUUUCUUGGGCAAUAUAUAACUUCAGGAUCAUUAACUUUAUUGGAAGAAGGAGGCACAAUAUUUACCUUUGAGGGAACAGAUAAAAAAUGCCUUCCAAAGGUUGCUGUCAAAGUUCACUGCUCCCAAUUUUAUUGGAAGAUUAUGACACGAGCUGACUUAGGCCUUGCAGAUGCAUAUAUCAAUGGAGACUUUUCUCUUGUUGAUAAGGAUGAAGGUCUUUUAAAUUUUUUCUUGAUUAUUAUUGCUAGCAGAGAUACAAAUUCUUCCAUUGCAAAACUAAAGAAGAAAAGGGGAUGGUGGACACCCCCACUAUUUACUGCUUGUAUUGCAUCUGCAAAGUAUUUUUUUCAGCAUGCUUCAAGGCAAAACACUCUUACGCAAGCUCGUAGGAACAUCUCUCGUCAUUACGACCUGAGCAAUGAACUUUUUUCUCUUUUCUUGGAUGAUACAAUGACAUACUCAUGUGCCAUCUUCAAGAGAGAGAAUGAAGAUUUGAAGGUUGCACAAAUGAGAAAAAUCUCUCUUCUCAUUGAAAAGGCAAGAAUCAAUAAAAACCAUCAAGUAUUGGAAAUUGGGUGUGGUUGGGGUAGCUUAGCUAUUGAAAUUGUCAAGCAAACUGGAUGUCGUUAUACUGGUAUUACUUUAUCUGAGGAACAAUUAAAAUAUGCAGAGAAGAGAGUAAAAGAUGCCAACCUUCAGGACCGCAUUAGGUUUCUUCUUUGCGACUAUCGAAAAUUGCCUAGUACUGAAAAAUAUGACAGGAUUAUAUCAUGUGAGAUGAUAGAAGCUGUAGGCCAUGAAUUCAUGGAGGAUUUUUUUGGUUCUUGUGAAUCAGUAUUAGCAGAAAAUGGCCUUUUUGUUCUACAGUUCAUAUCGAUACCGGAUGAGCGUUAUGAUGAAUACCGACUAAGUUCAGACUUUAUAAAAGAAUAUAUAUUUCCAGGAGGAUGUCUACCAUGCUUAAGUAGAUUAACAACAGCCAUGGCUAAUGCAUCAAGACUCUGUGUGGAACAUUUGGAAAACAUUGGGAUACAUUACCAUCAGACUUUGAGAUGUUGGAGAAAGAAUUUCUUAGAGAAUAAGAGCAAAAUUCUUCAACUUGGUUUUGAUGAAAGUUUCAUACGGACUUGGGAAUAUUAUUUUGACUACUGCGCCGCUGGUUUUAAAUCUCGCACCCUUGGUAAUUACCAGAUUGUAUAUUCAAGGCCUGGUAAUGUUGCAGCAUUCAGCAAUCCAUACCAAGCAAUACCCUCAGCUUAUUAAAUUGGUUUGAUCAUUCUUUAAGUUUAAAAGUUCAUAUGACAUUUUUUCCAUUUGGUCAAUGAAUAAUUGUUGUUCUGACUUUCUUCUUUUUAGGCAUAAGUACUGUACUGACCUUUCCUCUUGACACAACUCUCUUCAUCAAUUGUAUUUGUCAAAUCAUGCAGCUUCAAAAAGGCAAACUUUAGUAAACAAUCUUCAAAAGUACAUGCAUCAAACUCAAGAUUUCAUUGUAACUUUUGAUCCCAUUUCUUAAGUACUGAAAUUCAGUGUGAACCCUUUUCUUUGAUA